GAGUCGCUGCGGCUGGAGAAGGAAAAGGACAGAAGGAGGGAGGGAGACAGGGAGGGAGAAGCGGAGGCCAGGCACCGCCAACCUGUUUGCCUCUCUGCUGACUCAGAGCUCAGCAAGGUGAGGCUCCUCAAAUCCGCCGUGUCAAUCCCCGCUCAGAGCCCGGAGCUGCCUCGGCGGCGGCGCUUCGCCUCUCCCCUCCCGAGCGCCGCAAUGCCUUGGCUCUGAGGUGGCACACGCAACACACAGGCACACACACAACACACGCACACCCGGGAGAGACCCACGUCGCAAGCGCCUCCCCCUCCGUCCCUCCCCGCCUUCGCCUCCUCGCUCGCUCCUCUCCUCUCCUCUCCUUGCCACAAACAGCCAAGGCUGCCAAGGCGCUUCUGUGCUGCUCCUGCUGCGGAAGGUGCCUCCAGUUUCUCCCCACCCGGCGCAACAUGAGGGUCGGGGUCUCCGCGUGGGCUUGGCUGGACUCGGCUCCUGCUCUCCGCCUCGCCUGCCUCCGGGUGGAUUAACCGGCGCCGCCUGGAUCGGGACCCCAAAGAAGGAUUUUAGUAUUACCUGAAUCUAUCCAAGCACAACUGGUCCUGAUGGGGGACUCAGGAUCAAGACGUUCAAUUAUUGUGUCCCGACUGCCAAUAUUCCGGAGAAGUAUUAGCCGAAGACAAAAUUCUCUUCCCUCAUCUCCAACUUCCAACAGUACUGUUGGUGUUCACAGCUCUUCACCCUCCAGCACUAACUCAAGCUCAGGAAGCACAGGCAAACGCCGGAGUCUGUUCCGCACACCCUCCAUUAGCUUUCACCAUAAGAAGGGGAGUGAACAGAAAACUGAACCUCCAAGCCAAACUGUUGGUAUUUUGAAUGGUUCUCAAUCUAGCCACAGCAACGUUUUGCAGAAGCUGAAUUUGGAGGAGCAUGUGAAAAGCAGAGGGAGACAUUCAGUAGGCUUCGGAAGUUCACGAAGCAAGAAGAUUACAAGGUCCUUGACAGAGGACUUUGAAAAGGGGAGAGAGCCUUCCUCAAAUAAAAAUGUCUUUAUAAACUGCAUAAGGUCUGGGAAAAAUGAAGGUGAUGACUCUGGAUUUACAGAGGAGCAAAGCAGAUCUUCUGUCAGACGUUCCUCAAGAAAACUUCUCCCCAAAUCCUUUUCAACACACUACAGGUUUUCAAAGCCAGUCCCUCAAAGUCAGUCAACCUCCUGUGAGAAGCAAUCUUCUUGCUUGCUGGAUAUUAAAUCUAGUGUUGAAAGUGAGCCUGUUUUAGCAAGAUCCUCUCCUUCAUGUUCUCCUGAGGUAAUAGAAUGUGUAGGCAGCUCUUUACAGUCACCAAUGCUUUCCACUGACCUGACCACAGUACAGACACCUUCUGAAUUUCUUGCAUUGACUGAAGAUUCUGUCUCAGAGGUCGAUGGCCUGCCCAACUGUGGAAAUUUGCACACAGAAACCUUUGCCCACAAUGGUUCUACCUCUCAAAUCUUCCUCAGUCCAGUUGCUGCUGCGGCUGUUGCUGCUCCUCUCCUUCCAAGGAAAGCAGAUCAUGCAGAAAGUGCUUCUCAUUGUGGUGUUUUAUCAUCUGAAAGUCACAGGGCUAGAAAUGUGCUGCUCCAUGAAGCUGUAUCAGAAAACUAUGAUUCUAAUCGAAACCAUGCAAAUGCAUUAGUACAAGAGCAUCCUGCUAGACAGAACAGACACCCAGAAGAAGCAAACUUGGGAGCUGAAGUACAACUAAAACCAUUUGUCUUAAGCCAGGGAGAAGUAACUGAACAUUUUCCAAAUGCACAGGGAUUAUUUAGGGACCAACAAGAAAUUAAAGUACCUGAAUCCAUUAGAGAAACGAUGCCAGUAUCUGAAUCUAAGAACAUUCCUUUGCCAUCGGAACCUCAUCCUUUUCAAGUACAGCAGGGCUAUGAAAUAAACCAUACAAAAGUAAAUCUUGCCAGUAGCUUUAGCCCAUAUCGAGAGGGAAGAUUCAUAGAAAAACGAUUGAGGUCCUCUUCAGAAGGCACUGCUGGGAGUAGCCGGAUGAUCUUAAAGCCAAAGGAUGGAAGCUUAGAAGAAUCCAACAGUCUACGAAAGCAAAGAGCAAGCUCCUCCUCAUCAAAAAUGAACAGUAUGGAUGUUUUGAAUAACUUGGGUUCUUGUGACUUGGAUGAAGAUGACCUCAUGCUUGACUUGGAAUUCCUAGAAGACCAGCAUCAUCGCCGUUCUGUUUGUCGGGAAGAUUCCCACCAGUCGAUUGUCUCUUGUGCUGCAGUACUACUUACACCCAUCGAAACAGCUGAAGGGAAGAAAAAGGAACAGCCAAAAAUGCCUGAAGUGACCAAACAGAAUCUGUCUCUGAAGUUGUCAAAGGAGGCGGAUCGAGGAGAAACAAGGUGUCCUCAUGUCAAUCAGCUUGCCAGCAGCCCAUCUGUGGAAUGGCCUUUUGCAGCCACGGAAGAAGGUGGAGGGAUGGAAUCCUUGCCUUUACGGCUGAUGAUGCAAGACUGUACAGCUGUUAAAACACUGCUGUUGAAAAUGAAGCGGGUUCUCCAAGAGAGCACAGAUAUGAGUCCUGCCAGCAGUACUAACUCACUUCCUGUUAGUCCACUUGCCGAAGAACCAUUGCCAUUUAAGGAUAUUAUGAAAGAUGAAUGUUCAACAUUGAAGCUACAGCUGAAGGAAAGAGAUGAACUCAUUUUCCAGCUCCGUGAAGAACUGGAGAGAGCUCAACAUUUACAGAAUGCUCUUGUCUGUCAAGUAGAUAAAUCCACACAGACUGAACUUGUAGGCCAUGAUGCUAUAUUUCUAAACAAAAUGGCGAGCCAAACUCUCAACACAAAGGACCGAAAGUCAGCACAUACACCCACCGAGGACCAUUUUAGAUAUACGUCAGGCAACCAAGCAUCCUCCUAUGAAAGCAAAAGCUGCCAGCUGUCAAGUGUGUGUCUCGGCAACCUCUUGAAAGAGAAAGAAAGAGUGGAAGGCAUCACGCACACAAGAGACACUUAUGAAACCUUCACUUCAGAGGUCAGUCAGAAUGGCGUAGCAGCAGAAGCGCAAAAGAUGUCCAAGUUGACAGCCCUGGCUGAGAGCAACUCAGUUUUUUCUGGGGCUCUGAAAGACCAAACUCCUGCCCCUCGACAACAUUCUACUUUCAUAGGAAGGCUGGGGCAGCCUCCAAGAGGACCCAUCUCUUUACACAUGUACAGCCGAAAAAAUGUUUUCCUACACCACAAUCUUCACACGUCUGAGCUCCAGUCUUUAGGCCAGCAAGAUGGGUAAAUGGAGUCGGCACAUUAUUUAUUAAAGACAGAGCCUGGUGGUUAGUUUAAUGGACCACCAAGGUCUUUUUUUUAACUGACUUGAAUUCUCAUCAGCUGCUACCUACAAGUUUUUUUAAAGUUUAUUAUUGUUGUCUAUGAAAACUGAACUUUCCCUCUAAAGUGUGGAUUGGGAGAGGGGAGGGAGGGGUAGGCUCGCAUGUUAAUGUAAAUGUGUGAUUAAAAUGUUUUGUGGAAUUCACCAGAGUAUAAUGUCCCAAAAUUAAGGAAGCCAGUACAAAGGUGCACUGGCUUCAAAAGAAAUGGAUGGAACAAAUCCAUUGAAUGUCUAAAAAGCACCCCCCCCCCUUCCUACCAUUAAUUUCUCAUUUAUAAAUUAUUUGAAGACAAUUUCAAAUAACAUUCUGUUCCUUUUAAAUAAUGUGACUGUGAAAGUAGAUGUGAAGAAAGGGUAGAAGAUUAGAUUAAAAAUUCCAAAAUGGGUACAAAAUCAAAAGAUAAAUGGUAUUUGGGAUUUUCUGUCCAUAUUCUGCUUUGCUUUGUUUUUGUAGUUUGUUUCCUCAUGUGUUGGUGCAGAGCCUGCUUUUACAAAACUUAAGAAGAACCAGAGAAACAUUAUAAGAAGGCCCUGCUAAAUCAGAUGGAAGGACAUUCAUUGCUGUUUGCAGAUGCUGUUUGCAGAUGCUGUUUCCUAACUCCAGUCGGUUGCUUCUUGGCUUACCAAAGCAAGGCAUAUAUAUAUUUUUCAAGUAUAUAUUCAGAACCUUUCAUUGAGAUUUCCUCCUGAAUUAUCCCAUGGAAUAGUUUAUUAUUAAGCAUUUUCUGCACAAUUGAUGUCACCAACACAGGAUGAUACAACAGUGAUUUAUGCUUACCUAUGUUAUAUUUCUUCAGGAUCUGGUAUUUUCAGUUGUAUUGUCCCCACAUGUUAAGAUUUGAUUUAUUAAACAAAGCCAACUGCCCAUUAUUUUUUGGGUAAUAUUAAAAUAUGAAAUGUAGAUGUGAACUUUUUGUACUGGAAACUUCAAAAUCUCUCAGAUUUUGGGGACAUUACUGUUGCCACCACCUCCCCAUAAACCAUCUUAAAAACAAGGGUUUUGUCAAAAUUUAUCAGUAUAAAGGGUUUCUUAAGGAGUGAGCCUUACAUGUCCAAAGUGAAAUGUACUGACUGAUUUUUCAAGCAUAACACCAUAUGCCAUAGCAUUGUUCUGCAACUGAGGGAACAUCUGCAAAGAGGUGCUGUGUCAACAUUGUAGGCUCAGAUGUAGGAUUGGGAUGCAGCACAAGUUCGUUAACUGUAAGCACUUGCUUUGUCAAAGCAUUAUGAAAAGACAGUGAUGUAAUCACUAAUCAGUGCCACCAAAUUUAAUAAUCCCACAGACCUCUGAAACUGUAUUCCUUCUUGCUGAACUAAAGUCAUAUAAGACAGGGGGCUUCAAAGGAAGAUCUUGUAUUGUCAUGUUAAAUAGCAUCUUAUUUCUAGAUCGAUGCAAUGGCACUCAAAGUACGAGCCUUAAGGGAAUUUGAAAUCCUUUUGCAUAUGAGGUCUUUAUUAAGGUAUUUAAACAAGUAGUUUAGUUAAGGUGGACAAUGUGCAAUACAUGAAGCUUUGUUGUAAAUAUUUGAGGUAGAUUCUUACCUGAGUUCUGAAAGAUGAAUCUGCACUGAGAUGUGGGUUUCUGUUUCCAGAUCCUCUUUGUAGAUGCACUCUAUAAACAGAAAAGUAUUACAUAGAAAGAGAGAAGCAAAUAUCUCUGGAAUCCAGUCUUCCAAUCUGCUAAUGCUGAGUUUGCAUUUGUAUCUUUUAGUAGUCCAUGAACAUAUGAAGCUUUCUCAGUACUCAUUGCCUAUUGAGAAAGUGGAGCUUAAUCUAGCUCACAUUUUUCUCAUGACUGAUGCUAUUCAGUCUGCUUGCAGGUGGGAUAUUUAUAUGUGCAUAUUUAGAGUUCCCUAUUAUCACACAAUUAUGGGAUUGGCAAGUUUGAAUACAUUAAUGAGCUAUAUCUCACACAUUAGAAGGGUCUCCUGGGGUUAAUAGAUUUGCAAGAUAUACCACACAGAUUUGUAAAGGAUAAAAUUGAAUGUCAAAUUAUUGUAAAACUUUCACACUUCUGAAUAAUGCUUAAAUUAUUCAAACUCUGCAACCAAUACCUUGAAAGAAUUCCUGCUGAACAAAGUGGUGGUUCCUUUUGAGUUCAUAGGAUUGAUCUGAACAAUGUCUUUAAAAUACUCAAGACCAGAAUUUGGUGCAUAUAUUUUUCUCACCUAAUGUUAGUAAACUACUGUUUAUGAUGUAACAUGAGCAGAAUGACUUAAAUUACUGCCAAAAACAUUCAGUUUACAUAAUUCCUUUUAGUCAUAUUCUCUGUAUGGUUGAGGACUUGUAAAAUCAAUCCUAUGCACAUUUACUAGAAAGUUAGUCUACCUGUAUUUAAUGGGGCUUUCAUUUAGUAAUUUUGUUUAGAUUUGGAACAUUUCUACGUGAUUCUAAAUAUGCUAGGAUUCAACCAAACAUUAUGCUGAAUUCAGAUAAUGCAGUUAAUAAUUCUUUUUUAAAAAGGAGAUUGCAUAGAAAAUUAUCAGGGUUACACAACUUGAGCAUGGGGAAAUAAUCUCUUCCUAACAAAGUGUGGUAGGAUGCUUCCCUUGGGACACGGGAGGUUUUCUGUGUCCCAUAGAGAACAACGGGGCCAGCAUGGGAGGAAGCCACAUGGGGAAGCAUAGCUGUGGGCAAGGUGGGGCAUGGGGCACUGAGACUGCCCCACUGCCUGCAGAUUCAUCAUGGAGGCUGGCGAAUUGCCCUACAGGACAAUAUCAAUGUGAUGAAGUCCUUAGGCUGGAUCUACACUGCUUUAUAAUGCAAUUUGAAAGUAAUUACAUGGUCAGUGUAGACCCAUAUAAUGCAACAUAACUGCAUUGAACUGCAUUAUAUAAAUUCACAAUGACCAUGUAAUGCAGUUCCAAACUGAAUUAUACAGUAGUGUAGAUCCAGCCUUUUAAAAACAUGUUAUGACAUAGUUCAAUGAGUAUGCAGCUAGGGGGGGCUAAGACAACUCUCUCAUCUCCUGGUAAUAAUCUCACUAUUUUAAAAAGUAAAGAAACGUAGCUACAUUAUAUGUAAUUGUUAUAAAUUGGGCUAAAACUAGGAAGAUUAGGAUGUGAUCCCCACUCCUACCAGCCAGUACCUUAUUGGCAUAAAAGCUUAUUUUGGUAACCUCUGGGCAAUCACACAUUAUAAGCCUAACCUGAGCAGAUUGUUGUACAGAUUUUUAUUUUUUUUAAUUUUUUUAAAAAACCCUGUGUUUCUUCUUUUAGGGCAGUGGUCCUCAACCUGUGGGUCCCCAGAUGUUUUGGCUUUCAAGUCCCAGAAAUCCUAACAGCUGGUAAACUGGCUGGGGUUUCUGGGAGUUGUAGGCCAAAACACCCGGGGUUGAGAACCACCAUUCUAGGGCAAUGCUAAAUUCAAAUGUAGCUUCAUCAGAUGCUGCAUUUCAUUACAUUUCACGAAGGAUUUUCUCAAUCAGAACCUUUGUUCUGGUUCUUGCUUCUCACUUAUCAUUGACCACCAUGGUAUACUAUCCACCCAAUAAAAUUAAAAUAGGUCAGUAUAUCUUAGGUGUCUACUGUCAAUUAAAUUAUUUCUGUAUUGAGAUCUCUGUUUUCAUGUUAAUGAAAGAAGUAGAGUGAAAAAUAUAUUUGAGGGCUAUUCAUUUGGAGUUUCCAUGUGCAUCUAUAGAAAGUGUUGUUAAUUGGAACCCUACUUCAACUCUGGCAAUUUAGACUUACCAUUCCACAAUCAAGGCAAUUCUUUCUGGGAUUCAAAUGCACUAUUUUGCAUAAAUGAAGAUGCAUCUUCCAUUUUAUACAUAUAUAAUGCUUGUUUAUUUAUUGGGCAGGCACUGUUUUGAAUUACAUUUUGUAAUAGGGGUUAUUGUUUAAGCCUGAACUAAGGAAAUUGAAAUCCUAAUAUUUUCUUGGACAUUUGUUUUACAGCUAACAUUGAAACAAAAACUUUGUGAACAGUAGAACAGUUUAACUAAGGUAUAUUGGUUAGUCAUGUCAACUUGUAUCUGUUUUUGUAUCAGUCUUUUCAGCAUUGCUAUAGUAUUAAUUGUAAUACUAACAAGUGAAUCCCCCUAAGCAGAAGGGUGGCAUUCACCUAAUAUUGUACAGUAACAAGACCUUUAAAUGAGAUACUUUGCAACUUCUGCUUGUGUACAGUGCAAGUCAUAAAACAAUGAUGUGCAGACAUUCUUUCAAUGAAUUCCUUUGUACUGAAAAAUCUCUAGUUUUCUAAGACAGUUCUGUGUAUAAAAAGGAUUUAUACAUCAUUCCAAGGCUGUACAUACCCAAUUUUCUGACAUCACACAAGGGAAAAGAGCUUCUCAUGUUUGGCAAGAAUGUGUUUCUUUUUCUUUCGUUUUCUUUUUCUGAAUGUGUCUUUUAGAUAAAAACUGAACUCUUGCAAAAUGCCAAUAGCAAAAUGCUUCUUCUAAGAUGGUUGUUGUUGCCAAAUAUGACUUUCAGAACAUCAUGGCAGUAUCCCUGAUAUUUUAAGAUGAACUUGAUCCUUCAAGGAGACUUUUGACUACAAUUGGUCGCUUUCAUUUUUUUUCUCCCAGAUGAAGCUCGGCUCUGGUAUGGCAUUGAGUUUUAAACAUGCAUGGUUGAAAUCCUGUAUCAGCUACUUAGUUAAGUAUAUUUAAGUGUACCUAUAGCUUACAAUUAGUUUACUAUACUUAACUAAGUAAUUUCCCUUGGCCUGGCCUUCUCACCAAACCUUACAUCAUUCACUCAUGCUUGGAUCACUGGCAGAAUGGAUAUCGUUCUCUUUAUACAACUGAUGUCUCAUAAAGUUGGUUUGAGGUAGAGUUGUGAUCGUGGCAGUUGUGAUACAGUUGUGAAUAUGUACUGAUCGUGAAUACAAAACAGUUACCUAGAUUUAUUCAUCCAUAACAAUUUUGUAUCCACGAUAGCUACUUAGUUAUGAGGGUGGCACUAUUGUCACAAUUACAAGUCCCCUAUAAACCUACUUUCCUAUGCAUCCAGCUGCAUGAAGAUAAGGACAGCACCAAUUCAAAAUUUGCUCCUAAAUAUAUUUGAAUCACUGAAAAGGCCUUAGGCUCUCAAAACUUUGAUAAAUUUAAAAAUGUCCAGUGAUAUAGACACAUUGUCAUGCCUUUGAUCUUCUACUCACUGGUGGCUGAUGCCUUCCAUAUUGGUGAAAUUCUUCCUUAAUAAUAAUCUUUAUUGAAGCUUUUUUCCAUUAUUGCAUCUAUCUAUCUAAAGGGGAGAGUAGGGAGGGAGGAUCAGGGUAAAUGGGAAUUGGUGAAAUUCUUGAUUGCUUCUCUGUCCCCAAGCUUCAAACCAGCUGUCCCAUGUGGUUUUCUCACAUCCUAUUUAUAAUGAAGCCACUAACCACCACACUAGUCUUACUAGUGAACCUUUCCCAGUUCUUUUUUAAUUAUCAAAAUACGUUUUGAUUCCCGUAUAUGUUGAGGACACAUUUUAAGACUCCCUGUGGAUACCUGAAGCUGUGGAUAAUAGAAAAACCUCUAUUUUGACUGUACUUGGGCCAGAAGUAUACCAUAGAAUAGCACAGGAGGGUCUAGAGAAGUCUUCAAACACUUCCAGGAGGGAAAAUAUUUUGUAAUGUCAGUAAAUGAAACUGUGGAUAUGCAGUCCAUGGACAAGGUGUCAUACUGUCAUAAUGUUUAUAAAGAUUGUAAACUCAUUUAACACAGGGAUUUUCUUUUCUAUUUAUAUUAUCCUGUGAAAUGUCAUGUCAAUUGACACUGUGUACAAAUAUUAAAUCUUGAAUCUUGAAGGGGAUUGAGGAAUCAUUUCAAAAUCUGCCUAAGGCGUAUAUGAUAGCCCUGCUGUCUUUGGUUUUCAUUGAAGAGCAAAAGCAGUAUAGGACAACAAGAAACUUGUCUGCCUCAUACCAGGUCAAACCUUUAGUUCCAGUCAUCCCUUGGAAGUGUGUGUGUGUGUACAUACACACACUUUCACACACACAGUCAGGACGAGAUAUUUCACAUAACCUUCUGUGACUCUUUUAACUUGAGGUGACAGCAACUGAACCAGAGGCUUUCUGGAUGCAUUGUAUGUCCUUUGCUGCUGAACUACAAUCUCUUCCCCUUGAAAAGAGUUGGGUGUUUUUUAAUGAACCUCAUGACCUAAACCUAUGAGCCACUGUGCAAAUAGAUGCUUAGAAUGGAGUAUAAUGGCUGUUUCAGCAUUGCAACAUCAUGACCUGUUACUUUGCACCAAGUGGCACAGCAUAUAAUUGGGCAGAUGAUUUUGUAAUUAUUAUGCAGAUUGGAUGAAUGAGUGUUCAACUAUUAGGAAAGCCAGCAAUUUAGAGCUCAUAAACAUAUACUCUUCACCACUUUGCAUUGCAGAUGUACCUCUGGAGGCUUCAGCCUAGCAAAGGCAUUUUCAUACCAUAUCCUGUUUAAUUGCAUUUUAUCUUUUUUUUAUCAUCAGGGUUGGGUUUUUUUUAAAGCUUUGUCUUAUUUCAACCUUGUUGUAAACCACCAAUGGAACCAUGUGUGCCAUUGAAUGAAUUGAUACAUAAAUAUGUCAAGAUAAUUUUGCUGCUUAGGAAGAGACUUUUGUUGCAAAUCUGAGGAAAAAACUAGCUAGAAAGGAACUUUUUCAUUGAUGGCCUUGUUCAGAGUUUGUAAAAGUUAUUUUUUUCAGUCUCAGGUCCCAGACUCUCCCAGCCAGUAUUGCUAUUGCCCUUUCUGGUUGUGAGAUUUAGUCCAAAAAAAGGUCCUGCCAAUUGCCAGGCUUUGUUUUUGCCCCAACUCGUUUCUUUUAAUAAUUCUUUGCUCUUUCUUUUCAUGCCCAUUUUCCUAUUAUAAAGGUAGUUGCAUACCUUACCAUACAGUUCCUCCCUCCCUUUACCCAUUAUGUUAUUGAGGUUGGCAAAAGAAUAUUACAAAUACAACUGGGUAUGUGCUGGCAUUUCCAAUGUCAUUAAACUAAGACUCAAGACAAAACAUGCAGCCCAAAAUAAGUGAGCAACAGAUGUUCUGCAGAAGCCUGAUGGAAUGGAUAAGAAUGACAGAUUGGUAGUUUGUUCUCCCUUCUGAUGGCAGCAGCUCAGAGUUGCUUUCAAUCAUGUUUGCAAUGAAGCAGAACUAUAGAUAUAAUGUUUAUUUAUUUAUUUUAAUCACCCAAUUUGAAUUCUAACUAAGUAACCCUGGGAGAAAAAGAGGGGUGCACCAAGGGAGAGUAGUUUCUAUAGGAACAAUACAUUUGUUUGGGAGAAGAGAUGUUACUACUGUCAAUGCUGCAGUAUCCCAUUUCUCUGCCUACUGUAUCUUUGUUUUUGUAUAGUUUCUUGCAUAACCAAACUGAGAUGUAACAGAAGUUAUUUUAAAUUAAGGCAAUGUGAAGUAAGACAAAUUGUGUAGGGCAUGUAGAAUUGAUGUGGGGACAUGAAUUCUCUUCUUCCUGACAUCACUUUCCUAAAGCCGCCUUGAGUCCUCCCGGGGAGAAAGGCUGGGUAAAAAAAAUGAUGUAAACAAAGCUCCUAUGGAUGCCUUGAACUUAAGCACAAACUUGGGGAUAUCACAUUUAAUGUACUCUCAGAGAUUUUACCCAAUUCUCCCUUCCCUUCCAGCUGUGAAACAAACAUAAUUCAAAUGCUAGAGAUGAGAUUCUUCAUUAAUUUCAUUCUCAAAGGAAACGACAAGUACUUUUAGCAAUUUUAUUUCUGCUUAAACAUUCUGGGAAUGUUUUAAAAAACUUGCAGGGUUUUUAAUUAAUAUUUAUAGUUCAUGAUUCAUUCUGCACAAAAUUUGUACAUGGGUCUUUUGCACAGAAAAAAAGUUUUUUUUUCUGUACAGAAUGUCUAUUUUUCAUGCAGAAGAAUAUUGGGUAUUGUUUCAGUAUCUGGGUGGAGGCCACCAGGGGGCACUAGAAAAAGAAGGAUUUUAUGGGGAGGGGGAGUUAAAGGAGGAAAAAUAUUUCCCCCGUUUUCACUGGUUAUUCUCUCUCAUGCUUCCCAUUUCAUAAAUAAGGGUUGUUUCCAUGAUGGGGACAUGGUUGGAGGAGAUAAGAGGAAAACAGGGGGAAAUGAUUAUCCUCCUUCAACCCCCCCCCCUCCACCCCCCCCCCCCAAAUGGACUAUCCUUUUCUCUCUAGAGCCCCAUAGUGGCCUCUUCCCAGAUAAUGGAGCAGUACCAAAGAUUGCAGUUGGGAAUUUAGUCUGCACAAAAUUUGUACAUUGAUAUCUUUUAGCACAGAAAGCAUAUCCAUCCAUCCAUUCAUCUACAUAUCUAAGAGGUCACCAUUUUCUCAGUACAGGUAACCUAAGGUUCCAUCAUAAACAUUGCAUCUCAGUAAUCUGCAAUUAUCCUGACCCUAUAAUAAAUCAAUAAAUAAAAUGCAUGGAAAUAUACAUUUAUUUUCCCAUGGAUUCCACAGUUAACAUACGAAUUUUAGUUUGAAACUUCCUUUUAACAUUUUGCUUAUACUUAGACUUUCUGAAUAUAAUAAUUUUCUUUAUGCAGUUUUUGAGCUGGUGAUUGUAUUGCACAUACCACCAUCACGUUUUGAUGAACUGAAAUGUUCUCACAUAAUUCAAUACCCUGCUUCCACAUCUCAUCCCCAGUUGCUACCGUAAAAAAACUUAGAAAUGUAGUGUAUGGCAUCAUAUGAUUGAGUUCAAUUGAACCUUUUUUAGGUGCCACAAAAUUUUUUUACAAUUUUUUUGUCCUUUUUGCUGCAAUAGACUAACAUGGCUGUACCUCUGGAAAUAGUUACACUCCAUAUACAACUCAUAAUCACCGCUUUUAGGAGGAUAUCAGUUAAUUCUACUAUAUGAUCAAAACUAUGAUUUAUGGGAUUGUUCAUUUGGUGCAAAUUGAAGAAAUUGGAAUGGCAAAAUUAAGCAAAAUAGUAUUUGAUUACAUAAACUAGAAGAGAGAAAUAGUGUUGACUUGAUUCUCCAAGUAAUCCUAGGUAGCAUAAUCAAUAGCAAAGAGCUGCUCACAAGUUGUUUUUCAGGAACAUCUGGAAGGCCCCACGAUUUUUAUGCCAAUAAAUAGUGAAAAAUAUUUCAAUCUAUAUAAUAUACCUUUGAGAGAUAUACCAUGUGGGAUUUAGGAUCAGAGUAUAAAUAAUCUUAUUCCUCUUUCCCCACUCAUCACACUAAUUCCAGUUCUGUUUUGAUUCAAGCUGUCCUUUGUCAUGCAUUUGUGCAUAGAUGUCUAAAUAGAACGAUCUGUCUCAAACAGGAAACUUCUAACCAUCUGCCAAUAAAUAUGGUUGAGGAUUAUUUGCUUUCGUAUUGUCAAUCUGCCACUGCUCCUUGCUCAGUUCCUCUUUCAAUAUGAUACCCUUUUAAAAAUAUGUCUCAUUGUUAUCCUAUUUAUCAGCCAAAUUCAUCAACAUUGUGUAACUUUAUUAAAGAAAGCCAAACAGAGCUCUGCCUUAUCUCUAAAUUUCUGCACUCUAACCUUCUCAAUGCAUUGUGAGCUGUUUUUGUUCUUUUAAAAUCAAUUUUGGAAUGUCAUUUAAAAUGGUGAGUGGUUACAAUGUUGCCCACUCUUCUGUUUAGUUGUAAUUAAUGUAUAGUAUUAUUUAAUUGUUUCAGCUUCAGUUUACGGGUGCUUGCUUAAAAUAUGGACUGUGCAACGAGAAAGUUUACAGCUAGAAGCAGUUUCAUCAAAGCAGUUUCAUGGUCAGGGUAGUUUGCAUGUAAACAAAUUCACACUGGUUUGUUUUAUGUGAGCAUAGGAGCUUGAGUUCCAGAAAUUACAAACUAGAUUUUAAAUUCAUUUCAGUAGGAAGACGUUGUUGUAGGCAUAAAGAAGAAUACGGAAACUAUGAUCUGCAGAAACCAUGAAAUGCCUCAAGGCACAUGUGCAGUUCCCACCCCCAAUAUCCCUCUCUUUCCAAAUAUUUUUCACUAAAAAUGGGUAGCUGCUUACAUUUCUAAACUUCUAGUGCGAUAGAGUUAGCCACUUUGUUCCAUUUCCUCAUGAGCCCUUAAGUCUGUACAGCUCUUUUUUUGGUCCAAAACAGAAAGUGACAAUUUUGUGACUAUCUGGGCACUUCUAUUUCCAAAAAGAGAGAGAGAGAAUUGCAGAGGCUUAAAAUGGGUGAAGGGAAAAUAUGAAUGAGAUGAAACAAGGUGUUCCUUCAUCAGCAGGCACUGGAGGAUAUGACACAAAUCUUUCAUAGAUGUUUUUUUUGGGGGGGGGGUUGAUUUUGUGUAGGAAAGGAAGUUCAGGGGUGCAUCUCUCCAUGGUCCCUCUCUAUUCCUGGAAUGUUUCCACCCCCGGUACAAAAUGAUGCACAUUUAAAUGUUUAAGUAAGUAAAUGGGAAUGUCUAUUUGUAUAAGGGCUCAGUGUUCACACUGGCCAGAGAUCUAGACUCAGAAAUCUGGACCAGGGGAAUUGUAAGUAAAAGCAGUGAUAAUUUGUUGAAUUUCCUUUUCUUCUGAUGAUAAUCCUGAAUUAUAGGAGAGUUGUUCUAAAGGGCUUUUUGUGUAUUUAAUCAUGCAUCUUUUCUUUAUUUAUCAUUUUAACAGCUGGCAUGAUCUUGUAUAUGAUUAUCUGUCACUUUCUUUUAUUCAUUGUAUGUUUGAGUGGAGAAAACAAGAAUGUUAUUUUUGGAUAUUUGGAAGCAACAUUUCUGUUAUAACACCCUAUUGUCAAGCAGAAUGCAAUGAUGUUCAUGUAUCAAAGAGUUAUUGUUGAUGUUCAUUCUAAAUGGCUUUAAUUUAUUUUUUAUUUUCCCCCAAGGUUUAAUAAAAGCUGUUUAAUAAAA